AUGUCAGUCUUCAUCUACCCGUCUCACACCGCAUGGUACCAGCCCACGGCGGCACCGCCGACCGCAUCUCGUCGCCGGCAGUCGGCAGUGUUCAGCGGCCGUUGCAUGCCUGUCGCCUACUCACAAGAGCCAGUCAGGUCGCAUGCAUCCGGCUUCUUGCCCUUCGAUGGGGAGGAUGCCUCGUCCGACUUCUUUUCCGUCCUCGCCUCUGAAUGGCAGCAUCAACAACAUCAGCAGCAGAGGCGGCAGCAACAGCAACUCGAGGCUGAGCGUGAACGCCAGCGUCGCUUCCGUCUAGCUCGUCAGCGCCAGGCGCAGUUGCUCCAACUACAUCGUCAGCGCCAGCUCGAGGCUGAACGCGAACGUCAACGCCAGCACGAGAGCGAGAGGCAAAAGGCGCAGGCUGCUGCCUUCUUGCAGAAUCUGCUCGCUCAGUAUCUGCAAGGCUUUCAAGAGGAGGAGCGAGAGGUACAGCGCCAGGAGCAGCUUCGUCAGCAACAAGCUCGCCAGCUCCAGCUGCAGCGCGCACGCGCCACCGAGAUCCAGCGUCAACUGCAGCAUCAGCGUCAGCGCCAUGUAGAGUCUCAACAACACUUCUUCAAGCAGCUUCUCGGUGCUCUGCCGCACUCCUACUGCAAAAAUGAGAAUGAACAGCGUCAGCAAGAGGACGAGGAGAUGAGCAAUGCUACCGAUCUCAUCGAGCAGACUGUCAAGCAUGUCUUUGGCGGCCUCUUUGGCGGCCUUGACGCCGAGACUGCUGCUCACCCGCAGCGACAAGAGCAAAGGCAAGACUCGCAGCAGCAAACUGAGAGACAGAAAGAUGUCUGUCAGCCCGACGAGAACAAGGACAAGGGACAUGACGAGAUGCCGACCGACGCAGCGCCGACGCCGGCUGCGAACCCGGCUCCUGUUGCGACUCCUCCAGACGUCGAGCAGUCACUGGUCACCGCUGAAGAACGCGAACAAGGUCAAGAGCACAUGUCGGAGCACGUGCUCUUCUUCCACCCGUUCACGCCUGCUCUCAUACGCGACUCGUCGGCCAUCAAGUCGUCCGAAAUUGACAUUCACGUCGACCCGUCCAAGCGCGAAGUGGUCAUCAAAGGCCUUUGGCCCGCCGACGCACCUGCGUCCGCAUAUGGCAAUGACAGCAGUAGCAGCAGCCCCAGCGGCGGGAGCGGGAAACGCAAGCGCAGGAACAGCAGUCGCAGAUGCCGCCGUCACAAGACGGCGCACGUGCGCGAUGUCGACGAGCGCACAGGCGAGGAGAUCAUGCUGCCUGAAGACUCGGAGGAGAGUGCAAACGAGCAGGCGGAUGACGUUGUUGUCCUCUCUAACGACAGCAGCGGCAGUAGCAGCGACAGCAGCGCCUCGUCUGACGCUGGCGACGCCGAAGACGACAAAUCGCUCGUCCACGUCGACGGCAGCUCGAACGCCAAUGCCAAUGCCGACGCUAAUCCCAACCCCAACGCGGGUGCAGGCAUGAUCAGCAAGAGCUUCGGCAUCCCCGCCGGAGUCGACCUGGCGCUGAUUCAGGCAGACCUUACCCAUGAAGGGUUCAAGAUCUGGGUCCCUGCAGCAACAACAGCAGCAUCGACGGCGACGCCAGCGCAGCAGACGCAGCAGCGGCGGGAAGAGGCUGAGCAGGAGCUGGAUGAUCUGCAGCUUGACUGA